UGUAAAAGUAGUCAUCUUUUUUUUUUCAAAUAGUCUCAUGAUUGUCUCUUGUGUGUUUCCAGCUUCUCGUUAGGGUCCAUUGAUUUUGCAGCCAUGGAUUAUGAUCUGGUUCGUUCAAAGAAGAGUAUCAAACGAGCAGAAUCCACCAAAUCAAAUCCAUGGUGGUGGGAUAGUCAUAUCGGUCUCAAAAAUUCCAAGUGGCUUGAGAAUAAUCUCGAUGAGAUGGACCGGAGCGUGAAACGGAUGGUUAAGCUGAUAGAGGAGGAUGCAGACUCGUUUGCCAAGAAGGCAGAGAUGUAUUACCAGAAAAGGCCUGAGCUUAUUAGCCUUGUCGAUGAGUUUCACCGUAUGUACCGUUCUUUGGCCGAGCGGUAUGAGAACAUCACUGGCGAGUUGAGAAAGAGCUCUACUUUGGAGCUUCAGUCACAAAGCUCUGGCCUUUCCGACGUCUCUGCCUCCGACAUCACUGCUGUCUGGACCUCUAAUGAGCUCAACAGGUUAGGCCGCCCCCCUUCUGGGCGACGUGCUCCUGGUUUUGAAUACUUCCUUGGCAAUGGAGGACUCCCCUCUGAUCUUUAUCAUGGAGAUGAUUCUGCUUCCAUUACUGAUUCUGAACUCGAAUCUGAUGAUUCUUCUGUGACUAAUUACCCCGGUUAUGUGAGUGUUGGCUCUGAUUUUCAGUCCCUGAGCAAGAGGAUCAUGGAUCUUGAGAUUGAGCUACGUGAAGCCAAAGAGAGACUUAGGAUGCAACUUGAAGGGAACACUGAGAGCUUGUUGCCGAGGGUGAAAAGUGAGAGUAAAUUUGUUGAUUUCCCUGCAAAACUUGCUGCUUGUGAGCAAGAACUCAGAGAUGCAAAUGAGAAGUUGCAGAAUUCAGAAAACCAACUUUAUAUGUUAAAGAGCCAGCUUGCCAGAUAUUUGCCAUCUGAGUUGGAUGAUGAACAGGGUGAAGAGGCAGCUUUCACUCGAGACCUGGACACUGAGACUUUGUCUGAAGAGCUGAGACUUACAAGCCUGAGGCUUCGGGAGGCAGAGAGACAAAAUGGCAUCCUGAGAAAAGAAGUCGAGAAAAGCAAGUCUGAUGAUGCAAAACUCAAGAGUCUACAAGAUAUGUUUGAGUCGGCACAGAAAGAAGCUGCAGCAUGGAAAAGCAAGUCUAGUGCAGAUAAAAGAGAGGUGGUGAAGCUGCUGGAUAGAAUCUCCAUGUUGAAAUCGAGUUUAGCUGGUAGAGAUCAUGAGAUCCGGGAUUUAAAGACAGCAGUGUCUGAUGCAGAGGAAAAAAUAUUUCCAGAGAAGGCACAGGUCAAAGCCGAAAUAUCAAAGCUGUUGGAGGAAAAAAGACACCGCGAUGACCAGUUCAAAGAGCUGGAAGCCCAAGUGCGUUAUCUUGAAGAUGAGAUAAGAAGGGUGACCAAUGAGAAAAUAGAAGAGGAGGAAAGGCUUAAGGGGGAUAUCGAGGUGCUGGCACUGGAAAAGGCUGAGAAAGAGAGAUGCAUAGAAACGUUAAGCAAAAAAGUGAGUGAGCUAGAGUCAGAGAUAAGUCGGCUUGGAUGUGAAAUCAAAGCAAGAUGCGAUAAGAUAAUGGAGAUGGAGAAGGAGGUGGAGAAGCAGAGGAGGGAACUAGAAGAAGUAGCAGAAGAGAAGAGGGAAGUGAUAAGACAGCUCUGUUUUUCACUAGACUACUCCAGAGAUGAGUGCAAGAGACUCCGCAUAGCCUUUUCAGGUCAUCGACCAACAAGACCAUCAACCAUUCUUGCUUCUUAAUUCUUAUGUAUAUAGUAUACUCAUUGUAACUUGUUGGUGAUACUUUUUCACAUAUAGGAGCUGUUUUGAUUGGUUUGCAAAGAAAAAAAAAAGCUCAUACGAUUUGUGAACAGUUUGUGUUUGAUAUUAGACAUGCAUUAUCUAGUUCGAGUUCUGGAACUGGAAUAAAUCUGAGGAUCGUUUUAAGUGUUUACAAA